UUAGGAUUGUUCUUUGUGGAAUAUUUUUUGAACUUCUCUGCUCAUGAAGGGAAGUCAGAUCAUGGUUUUAAGAACCUUCUUUGCCAUUGCUUCAAGUAAAAGUUUUGUAGGAAGAUGGCUUAAUGAUUCAGGGGUAGGAAUUUCAUCAUCCCAAAAUUCGACCUCAGCUUUAGACCCUUCCUCUUGAUCAUCCUCUUGAAGAUGAAUAAGAUCAUUAAGAUACUUAUUACGCACUUUCUUCGUAAUGGACUCUUCUUCAUCAUUACUUGUAAGGUCAACUACUUCUUUCUCAACUUCUUUAGGUUCAUCUUUCUCUCUAUCCUCUACUCCUUUUUCUUUCGCUUUCUCUGUAUAAAUCCUUUCUGUGGCUUUCUUGUCAGAGGCCGUAUUAGAGGCUUGGUUAACUUUAGGCUUAUCUUCAUGAUCCUCUUUAAUCUCCUUAUAGACAUAAUCCUGCAACUUAUUAUCAAUUU